GCGUCUUCGCCUUUCCCCUCCCAUCUUCCCAGAACCGUGGACGUGCUCAUCUCCGCUCCGGGCCAGGUCUAUGUCCCGGUUUCCCGCCGUCGCGGGCAGGGCGCCAAGGCGGCAGGAGGAAGGUGAGCGAUCAAGAGACCUCCAAGAAGAGCGGCCUUCGGCAGUUCCCAUCGCAGAUAGAGAAGAGAAAGGAUGCACAUCACAGGAGGGAGGAACUACUCCAACUUUUCCUAUUCAAAAACAAAGAAAAAAGCUUAUUCAAGCUGUGAGGGACAAUUCAUUCCUUAUUGUUACUGGAAAUACAGGAAGUGGUAAAACAACUCAACUCCCAAAAUAUCUAUAUGAAGCAGGGUUUUCACAACAUGGUAUGAUUGGUGUGACUCAGCCACGAAAAGUAGCUGCCAUAUCUGUUGCUCAGAGGGUUGCUGAAGAAAUGAAAUGCACUUUGGGAUCCAAAGUAGGAUACCAAGUUCGUUUUGAUGAUUGCAGCUCUAAGGAAACAGCAAUCAAAUACAUGACUGAUGGAUGUUUACUGAAACAUAUUCUGGGAGAUCCAAAUCUUACCAAGUUCAGUGUCAUUAUAUUGGAUGAAGCCCAUGAGAGAACCCUAACUACAGACAUCUUAUUCGGUUUAUUGAAGAAGCUGUUUCAGGAGAAGUCUCCUAAUAGGAAGGAGCAUUUAAAGGUCGUAGUGAUGUCAGCAACUAUGGAAUUAGCCAAGCUCUCUGCAUUCUUUGGAAAUUGUCCAAUAUUUGAUAUACCUGGAAGGCUUUAUCCGGUCAGAGAAAAAUUCUGCAAUUUGAUUGGUCCACGAGAUAGAGAAAAUACUGCAUAUAUUCAAGCGAUUGUGAAAGUGACCAUGGAUAUCCAUUUGAAUGAAAUGGCUGGAGACAUCUUGGUUUUUCUGACUGGUCAGUUUGAAAUCGAAAAAAGUUGUGAGUUACUUUUUCAGAUGGCAGAGUCUGUUGAUUAUGAUUAUGAUGUCCAAGAUACCACUCUAGAUGGCUUGCUAAUACUGCCGUGUUAUGGAUCUAUGACAACAGAUCAACAGAGAAGAAUAUUUUUGCCACCUCCACCUGGAAUUAGAAAAUGCGUCAUAUCCACCAAUAUUUCUGCAACAUCUUUGACAAUAGAUGGAAUCAGAUAUGUGGUCGACGGUGGCUUUGUGAAGCAGUUAAAUCACAAUCCCAGAUUAGGAUUGGACAUCCUAGAAGUGGUUCCAAUUUCAAAGAGUGAGGCCUUACAGCGAAGUGGCCGAGCUGGCAGGACUUCCUCAGGAAAAUGCUUUCGCAUCUAUAGUAAAGAUUUUUGGAACCAGUGUAUGCCUGACCAUGUGAUCCCUGAGAUUAAGAGAACUAGUUUGACAUCUGUAGUUCUGACCUUAAAGUGCCUUGCCAUACACGAUGUAAUAAGGUUUCCCUAUUUGGAUCCACCUAAUGAGAGACUUAUCUUGGAGGCUCUUAAACAACUCUACCAGUGUGAUGCUAUUGACAGGAGUGGCCAUGUGACCAGAUUGGGUUUGUCUAUGGUAGAAUUUCCUCUUCCUCCACAUCUGACAUGUGCAGUAAUAAAGGCUGCUUCUCUGGACUGUGAAGACCUAUUACUUCCAAUAGCAGCAAUGUUGUCUGUGGAAAAUGUCUUCAUUAGACCUGUUGAUCCAGAGUACCAGAAGGAAGCAGAACAGAGACAUCGAGAAUUGGCAGCUAAAGCUGGAGGAUUUAAUGACUUUGCGACUUUAGCUGUCAUCUUUGAACAGUGCAAAUCAAGUGGCGCUCCAGCUUCGUGGUGCCAGAAACAUUGGAUUCAUUGGAGGUGCUUAUUUUCUGCAUUUCGUGUUGAAGCUCAACUUAGAGAACUGAUCAGGAAGCUUAAACAGCAAAGUGACUUCCCAAGAGAGACCUUUGAAGGCCCUAAACAUGAAGUACUGCGAAGAUGUCUUUGUGCAGGUUAUUUCAAAAAUGUAGCUCGCAGGUCUGUUGGGAGAACGUUUUGCACAAUGGAUGGGCGUGGAAGCCCAGUUCACAUUCAUCCUUCCUCAGCACUUCAUGAACAGGAAACCAAACUUGAAUGGAUCAUUUUCCAUGAGGUAUUAGUUACCACCAAAGUCUACGCAAGAAUUGUGUGUCCAAUCCGUUAUGAAUGGGUGAGAGACUUGUUACCCAAGUUGCAUGAAUUUAAUGCACAUGAUUUGAGCAGUGUGGCCCGACGUGAAAUGAGAGAAGAUGCAAGAAGGAGGUGGACCAAUAAGGAAAAUGUAAAGCAUCUGAAGGAUGGAAUAUCAAAAGAAGUCCUAAAGAAAAUGCAAAGAAGAAAUGAUGAUAAAUCCAUAUCAGACGCACGUGCUCGUUUCCUUGAGAGAAAGCAGCAGAGGUCCCAGGAUCACAGUGACACCCUGAAGGAAACAGGCUAAGCAGUGAACCCUCCAAUUCAGGAAGUAGGAAAAGCAGCCAGAAAAUGUGCUUCUGCUUUGCCAUUUAUGUCAGACAGCACUACCAACAGGAAGUGGUCAGCAGCUGUUUUUAGCAUACGAGUUAAAAGCAAAUCAAAGAUCAUCAGUACCAAUAAAUGGAAUUUUCAAAGAAAAGAUUGAGUUGCCAUAGUCAUAGGAAAUGAUAUAUGAAACCAAUGAAAGACAAUAUAUGUGAUAUUUUCCUCACUUCAAUUUUGCUGGCCUUAACUGGUAUCAAAUGCUGUCAGUGAGAUAUUUUCAAAGAACAUUGAAUUGUAUUUAAUCAGCGUGUAUUCCAUUUGCAUUGAAGCAUUAAAAAUUAUUUUCCUUAAAUCUCUUUUAAGGCCUUCUUGUUGCUAUUAGAAUAGUAUUAUAUCAGGUUAUCAGGUAUGUGACCAUUUCCUUCUGAAGGCUGAACAUAAAAGAGGUUUUUACUGAGCAAUACUUAGAUGUCUAACCGUUUAACUGCUACAGAGCUUUAUAGAUAUUUAGAGAAAAGACUUAAUCAAUUAGUAAAUAAGAAAAUUGCCUAUGGCAAGAUUCUUUGUUGAAUUAAUAUUAAUCCUUAAGUUGAUUUUUCUGGGAUUAUACAAAUUCCUUUUUAUAUAAAAGUAUAUUGUUUAAAACAGUAGCUAUAGCCAUUAACCAAAGGACAGAUGAUAUAUAUACGUUCUUUUUUUAGCUGUCCCUACAUACUUGUAUCAGCACCAUGUAUGUAGGUGUGACAGUGUUUCAAACAGCCCUUCCACCUGGCCUACUCUCUUGCCUCCAGCUGCUUGGGUAGGACCAUUUAAACAUCUAUUACGCCGAUCUUGAAAUGGGAUUUUCAAAGCAGCCGACACUGCAUCACCAGUGUUUCAAAUUGGAACCUUGAGGCUAGUUAGUAUCACACUCAGGCCACACUCAGCACUUGUCCACUCUGUUGUUUACUGCCUUGUAUUCUAGUUAUUUGUGUAUUUGUCUGUCUCCCCCACUAGAUUAUAAGCUCCUUGUGGGCAGGGACUAUGUCUUUUUCAUCUUUGUAUCUUUCAUGGCACCUAGCACAGUGCAUUGCACAUAGUAGUCAAUGUUUGUUAAAUAAAGCUAUUAGUGUCGUUCAAAUUCAAAA